AUGGAGCACGGAUCUAUCACAGACGUGCGUUCUUCAACGUUUUCAUUGAUGGACGAGGAUCACACCCUCGCAAACUCCGUCAGGUUCACACUGAAUCAAGAGUGAGUACAAUUAAGGCGCGUGCACUAAUGCUUGUGAUGCAUCCAUUAUGUGACUAAUUUUGUGCAUCGCUAGUCAAUGUACCUAGUAAAACUUGAAUAUAUUGAUAUAUUUUCAUGCGAGUCUCAAGUUUUGUUUUUUAUCCAUAUUUUCCUCUCCUACACGUUUCGUGGUUGAUAUAAAUUAUCAAAAAGAUGGAUGGAGAUUCUUCAGUACUAUUUCGAAAUAGCUUGAAGAUGGUGACAUGUAUUCCAUCAUUUAUUUGAAAGCCAAAUCAGAUUGGUUUAAUCAGUCCACUAAUGAAGGCUCAACGGAAUCAUUGAGUUCGAUGCAUCAACGUUUUGUAUUUUGACAUUGUCUUUAAGCAACAUAUUUCAUUCAUAAAACUUUGUUCUGUAUGACAUACAUGUUUUUUUUUAACUAAUUUCAACUGGACCUACAUUUAUUUUUGUGGCUUGUGUACUUCUAAUUCCUUAAGAUUUUUGAAAUCAUGAUUUUUGAAGUUGAACUUUUGCCAUGUUGAUUUGAUUCAUGACGGAUGUCCAGAUCAGGCAAAAAUUAAUAAGUUUUCACGUGUCAUGGUACAGUUUAAGUUUGCUCUGGCAUGUGAGGAGAGAUGGAGGUUUGGGUAUUGGGUUCAGGAGGAGCAUUCUGGGUCGAGAUAAAAUUAUUUACUUCCCAUUAGUGGCGUUCUUUUUCUUCUUUCAGAUUUCAGUCUGAAAAGUCUCUACAGUCUGAGAUCUAUUUCAGAAACUGGUGGUGGUGACUAUCACCUAACAUAGUAUAGACAUCCUUUAUUGUAGCCCUUCUAUUUUGAGUGUAUUCAUAAGGAUGAGUUUUUCGGGGGUCUUAAGAGUAUACAUUCCUAGUGUAGCUCUCAGACGUCAAAAGUUGCAAAGAACGACAAGAGAAAUUUAUUGAUCGGUUGCACACCUUGUAUCUUCAAACUCAACAUGACGUGAACAACUGUAAAGUUUCAUCUUGUUCACGCUAUAGAGAUUAUCAACUUAGAGAAUGCGAACUAGGUUAUCAGCUUCUAAGCCAGUAGCAGUUCUUAAGCUAUAGUUCCGUGGUACUUUUAUGAAUGUAUGAAAAGCGUUUCCCCUUUGUCGAGGGGUCACGCGAUCUAACUUUUGAAGUUGAUUUUAGGAAUAUAUUAUACCAACAACGGUGAUAGUAUCUGGUGGUACUUCACAAAGAAGCAUAUUUUCUUUCAGUUCAUAUGUGUUAAUUCUUAAUUUCUCUACGUGUGCUUCUGUGUCUGUGUUUGUGUGAAUGUUUUUCUUUUCAGAUCAUAAUUUUCGUCUGGAUCUUAACUAGAACCAAGUGUCAUCUAGCCAACACCCUUGGUUGCUAAAUCAGUAAGCAUCAGGCCUCCGUCCACAUCAAAAUAUAACUAGUUAUGGCUCGAAAUUGUCAUAGUUUCCAAACAAGGAAACAUAUUAGUCUCGAAAUUGUCAUGUUCAGAUCACAUCAUGAAAAUUAUGUGCAAGAAAGCCAGUUCUUGAGUGUGGCGGGCACAAUACAGCAGUAAUUUUUUAAUUUAAUUGAAUUCUUCUUUCCACGCUUAGUGGACAAGAUCUGCUCGUUGACCAACCCAUAUUAUCUGACUUUGCAGCCCAAGAGUAGAAUUCUGUGGAUACAGCAUUCCCCAUCCUUCAGAAAACCGGGUCAACAUAAGAGUGCAGACCACUGGUAUGCAUGCUAAGCUCCUCCUCCCUCAUUGCCUAUUUGUAUCGACCAUUUUCAGGUGAUUAUUGCACCUUUCUUUCAUUAUAGUCAGAAAUAACCGAAAGUCUUAGCUUUCUGAAGAUCCCUCUUCCAUUUUGUCACGUCAUGAGCCACUUAGUCAGGCAAACGCUGUCACCAAAACGUAUAUCGGGAUAGAAAAUAUGCUAGGAAGGCGGGCUCAUAGUCCGGCAUAAACAGUCUCUCCAAUGCUGUACAUUGUUUGAAGAGAACCCAAAGUUUGGUAAGUUAAUUUCAUUAAUUUCAAUCCCAUUUCAGCCCUGGGGAAGUUUAGUUUCGCUUGUAUGCGGUCAUCUUCAGGCAAAUUUUGGGGCCAUAUGUAAUGAAGGUAGGAAUCAAAAUCAGUGUGAUUAUUCGAUUUAUGAUGGUGUUGGUAAUGAUGGAAAAAAAAAAAAAAGUGGUUCUGGGAACAAAAUUAAUAAAAAAAAGGCAGAAAUGAUUAAAAUCAGAGGGUCUUGGAACAGACGGAAGCUUCUGGGCAUCUGCAGGGUGUGAUUAUGGAUAAGAAUGAGAGGUUCAUGAGAGAGAGAAUCUUGUGGGCAUGGAGAUUUAUCUUUUAGAUGUUCUUGAAAGGAGAUGUUAAUCUUGUGGGUGUAUUGUUUUUGGGGUGACAUCUCUCGUGCUCUGCUCAAUCCGGAGGAUAUUCUUGUUCUUGGGAGUGUGUUUUUAUAUUAUAGUAGGGAGGAGGGGGUAACUGAGAGGGUUUUCCCGGUGUUUUCCAUGUUGGGCAGGUGAUCCGGCCAAGGAGGUGUUCAAGGAUGCCCUCCAGAAUCUGCUCGUGAUGUCCCAGCACGUGAGAACCACCUUCGACCGAGCUGUCCAGGAUUACAGAGCCCAACCCCACAACACAAUCGGCUCCGACGGACGACUCUAG